CCUAUAUGUCAAUGAGGACGGCUCGUUUUGAUGAAAUUGAGUUUGUAGGUCGUUGUUUACCUUACUACGGUAGAAAAGAUGCGUCGUUUGUGAUUUAAUAACGUUUUGCUCAGAAGUUAUUGAUCUCGGAAGUUCGAAUCUGUGAAUGUCUUUCCAACUUUACCGAACGUGGAAAGCGGGUCCAAAGUCUAAACUGUACAUUUGCCUAUGUUACAGCCAUGUUAGCUGGCUGUUAGCAUGUCUGUACAGCACAAUAUAUAAAACACAAGGGACAGUGAAGCAAAUAUUGGACUAUUCCUUUAACUGAAGGAGAGAUGUCCUCCCAAGUCCGACUGAGGCUGCUGCCGAGAGCCAGAUGCAUGUUUGAUGAGCCGGUUCAGGUGAAGGUGGCCGGGCUGAGGGCGAGACAGGUGGUCACCAUGAGAGCCAGAUCCACUGACGACAAGGGACUGGUGUUCAGCUCCUCGGCCACCUACAAGGCUGAUGGGAGCGGGGAGAUCGACCUGGAGAGAGACCCCUCUCUCAGCGGGAGCUACAUCGGGGUGGAACCCAUGGGUCUGCUGUGGUCCAUGAGGGCAGACACCUUGCACAGAAGGUUUAUAAAAACUAAUUCACUGAACCACCAUGUGGUGAAUUUCUCUGUGCACGACAAGGAGGGGGAAGGCAGGAUGCUGGCAGAGGCGACCAAUGAGAGGCUUCUGAUUGGAGACGGAGUUAGCCGGCUCCCCAUCAAAGAGGGGAAUAUCCGUGGAGUACUGUUCACUCCACCAGGAAGAGGUCCAUUCCCUGCCCUGUUGGAUCUGUACACUUUUGGUGGAGGUUUGUCAGAGAAAAGGGCCUCUCUGCUGGCCAACCGUGGAUUUGUGGUUCUGACUGUAGCACUGUACGGUCAUGAUGACAUGGCGAAGAACAUCAAAGAGGUCCAUCUGGAUUAUUUCGAAGAAGCUAUAGAGUUUUUAAAAAAACAAGAUAAGAUUAAGUACCGCCUCAUGCGUGAAGCAAGCGUGGCUGGUUGUCAUAACGACGCUGCUGGAAACUGCCGUGACCUAACGCGACACACACACAAAACGUCAAAGGUGGGCAGUAAAGGAGUUGGUGUACUAUCCCUUUCAAAAAGCGGAGAUCUUGCACUAUCAGUAGCCUCUUACCUGCCAGGUGUUGAGGCCACAGUGUGGAUUAACGGCUGUUGUGCCAAUACAGUUUUACCCCUCUACCAUAAGAAGAGCCAAAUCCUCCCUGCAUUAAUGAUGGACAUCAGCAAGAUGGUUCCCACUGAGUCAGGGGCCUUUAUGAGCAAGAAUGUUAUGCAUAAUCCGCUGGCAGAGGAGAACAAGGCCACCCUGGUCCCCAUUGAACAAGCCAAGGGACGUUUCCUCUUUGUGGCUUCAGAGGACGACCUCAACUGGGACAGCAAGGCUUACAUGGACCGGAUGGUGGAGAGACUACAGCAUCAUGGGAAGGACAACUUUGAGAGUGUGUCUUACCCUGGAGCAGGGCAUUACCUAGAGCCGCCAUACGGACCCUACUGCCCCUCCAGUUUUCAUGGGGUUGCAGGCAAUCAUGUCCUGUGGGGGGGUGAGCCCAGGUCCCAUGCAGCAGCUGAAGUCCACCUGUGGAAGAAGAUCCAGGAGUUCUUCAGAACUCACCUGAGCUGUGAUGUUUCACAGACUAAUGCCAAAUUGUAGAUACAAAUAUCAUGAUUAGAAGACGUGAACAGAUAAAUCACCAGCCAGUUAAAGUUGGAGUCUGUGAUUCUGGAGAAACAUUGUUGAUAUUUGAACUUAACACGCUAACAAAUCAGUCCUUCCAGAAAAACGCAGAGUUUUUUUGUGAUUGUUGCGGGCAAAAAUCCUUGAUUAUGUGGCAC